CGAAUACCGUGCAAGCGGAGGGACCAAAACGCAAAAGCACCCUUGGAACGGUUCCCUUCUUCCACCCUUGGUUUUCUCCUCCACUUCUUCGCUCCCCUCGUCGUCGUACCACCCCCCCACCCAACCUACGCGGCGCCGGCGGCCACCCCUAGAUCCUCCGCCAAUCACAUCACAUUCACAACUCACCGCAUAAAUUCCUCCUCCCACGCGUCCUUCUCUUCGUCUCCUUGGCCCUCUCCCUCGUCCUCCUUCCGAUUGCGGAUUUGGAUUUGGGGAUUGCGGUUUGACGAGAGGAGGAAGAGACAGGGAGAUGGGUUACAUUGGUCAGCACGGGGUGGCGACGCUGCGGCGGUACAAGUACAGCGGCGUCGACCACUCGCUCGUCGCCAAGUACAUCCUGCAGCCCUUCUGGUCCCGAUUUGUUCACCUCUUCCCGCUAUGGUUCCCGCCAAACAUGAUUACACUGACAGGCUUCAUGUUUUUGCUGACAUCGGCAUUCCUUGGCUUCCUGUAUUCACCUCAUCUAGAUACAGCACCCCCCAGAUGGGUUCAUCUUGCUCAUGGACUACUUCUCUUCCUUUAUCAGACUUUUGAUGCUGUGGAUGGAAAACAAGCAAGGCGUACCAACUCAUCAAGUCCUCUAGGAGAGCUUUUUGACCAUGGAUGUGAUGCACUUGCAUGUGCGUUUGAAUCCUUGGCUUUUGGAAGCACGGCAAUGUGUGGAAAGGCUACCUUCUGGUUUUGGGUCAUUGCAGCUGUCCCAUUUUACUGCGCAACCUGGGAACACUUUUUUACAAAUACACUUAUCCUUCCUAUAGUCAAUGGACCAACUGAAGGCCUUAUGCUGAUCUACUUGUGCCAUUUUUUCACCUUUUUCACAGGAGCUGAGUGGUGGGCACAAGAUUUCCGGAAGUCAAUGCCCCUACUGGGUUGGGUGCCUCUUGUUCCUGAAUUCCCGGUAUAUGGCACCGUGCUGUGUCUAAUGAUUGCUUUUGCUGUAAUCCCGACAAUUGGAUCUAACAUUCACAAUGUUUAUAAAGUCGUUGAAGCAAGAAAAGGAAGUAUGCUGCUGGCACUAGCAAUGCUCUUUCCUUUCGGUUUGCUCUUGGCUGGGGUUCUUGUCUGGUCCUACCUAUCUCCUUCAGAUAUAAUGAGAAAUCAGCCACAUCUGCUAAUUAUUGGAACUGGUUCUGCGUUUGGCUUUCUUGUGGGAAGAAUGAUUCUGGCUCACUUAUGUGAUGAACCCAAAGGUCUGAAAACAGGGAUGUGCAUGUCCCUAGCGUAUUAUCCAUUUGCAAUUGCAAAUGCACUGACUGCCAGGCUUUAUGAUGGAAAUCCCCUUGUUGAUGAGCAACUAGUUCUCAUAAUGUACUGCUUAUUUACAGUGGUGUUGUACAUACAUUUUGUUACAUCUGUCAUUCAUGAAAUCACCAACGCACUGGGGAUUCAGUGCUUCAGGAUCACUAGGAAAAAAGCAUAAUUUUGACCCAUGAACGUGUGUUGUCCUGGUCGGUAAUCAUUCACACGUGGUGUCUGCUUGAACAAGCAAAUAUUCUCCAUUACACGGAUGCUGCUCUCCGAAUCACAAUUGCAUGUCAUUACAGGGAUGAUUUCCCUUGAAAUUAACAUCAGUGUGAAGAAAUUGCGCAGAUGAGAAGUGUAUUUUUGAAACAAUUGGUAGCAUUGUGUUGACAUGUAUCUUACCUUGAGCAUAUGUUCAUGCAAUGGUCGCCAAAACAUUUUUGGGGGAAUUUGUUGAGCCAAUUGACAGAUGAUGCCUUUAGGUUUUUCACAUUGUAACACCCACAAAGAAGCGGUUAUUGUUAAACGAAUGCCCUUGCUAUUUUGAGCUAUAUUUUUUCCCAAUGCAUUUAUCCGUGUUCCCUUUGGAUGACAGUUUCAUUUGUUUCUGAAAAUGGGUUGGUGCUUUGGAUA